UGUUCAUCCUGAUACUAACAGUAACACGUACUCAUCUCUGAACAUGAAGAUCAGGUCACCUGACUACGACACUCUGGAUUGUGUGAGGGACUCUCACAAUGACAAAGACGGUCAGAAAAACGUGGAUUAUGAGAACUGUGGAGAACCACCACAGAACCUGGACUGAAGAGAACCACCACAGAACUUGAACUGAAGAGAACCACCACAGAACCUGGACUUCCAGAACCAAGUGAUGCAGAUUUGUUAAAUAAUUGCUAUCAGGCGACAAAGGCUCAGGGAACCGACUGAGGGGCUGGUCCACGUAAUCCUCACUAGAACUGGGCCAUUAUGUCACCAAAUACCUACCCAGAGUGAUGCACUAACUCAGGGAUACAAGUUUUUUCAUCUACAAUUCAGAAGCGAUGUGGAGUUUGAGUAAUAUCAAAAUAUUCUUAUUUUAUAUAAUAUACUAAUGUGUUAUAUCUGAUGCAUAGCUCUAGUAGUCUUAUGUUGCAGUGCCACUAGUUUUCCUUCUAAAUUAUAUUAAAGAGGAAGUGAAACAGUUCAGACAGCAGCUACUUGUAAUCUGUCAACUCAUAAUUCAUAUCUACCAACAACACAUUUAAACUUGCUUCCUCAUCACCAGCCAGUCAGACAGCAACUCAGCAUUGUUUCAUGUAAGUACGCUGGAAGACAUUUUACAAUAUUGUGUUUUUUUGUAAUCAACUGUAUUCUUCUGUUGAUAGCUACUUCGUUGACUAAGACAUUUGGUAACACUUUCCAAUAUGUGUAUGGUAAUUACAAGUAAUUAUAUUAACUAACAGUAACUGUUUUAAUUCAUAUAAAUGUAUUAAUCUUUGUUAAUAUUAACAAUGGCAGAUUUAUAUGUAAGUAAAAAUGUUAAGAGAUGUAUUAGUUAAAAUGGAUUAACAGUUAAUAUCCUAACUAAAUUAUUGUUUAAGUCCAAAGUUAUAGAUUUAUUAACAAAUGGAUCCUCUGUAUCCAACAUUUUGCUCUCAUUCUGGAUGUAUAAUUUACUUGCUCAUCUUCCUGGGUGAUAUCCUCUGCUUUACAACCUUUGGGAACAUAGAGAAAAACUCCAAUGUAUUCAUCUUUGAGUUGUUACUGUUAAUUAUACAGUGGUUAUAAAAAAGUCUACACACCCCUGUUAAAAUGGCAGGUUUUUGUGAUGUAAAGGAAUGAGACAAAGAUAAAUCAUGUCAGAACUUUUUUCACUUUUAAUGUGACCUGUAAAGUGAACAGAUCAAUUGAAAAACAAACUGGCAACAAAUGUAUGUGAGCUCUUACUGUGACAUUAGUAAUUAGAGAGGAAACAGGAACUUAACUUACAUAGCCCUUAUUACAUACUAGAAACCAAUGGCAAGAAAUGUAACCAAUGUAUCUGGGCUCUUCAUCAUUACUGAAUAGUAAUUAACCAUUAAAUAAAGAAAUGUCUGUGUAAACUAUAUGAAUGAUACACAGCCACCGUGAUGAUCCUCUAAAUCGCCUAUAAAAAGCAACAAGAGGACAGCUGAUGUUGGCUGGUCUCUCGCCACAAUCAGUGUCCAAAGUUAUUAUUUGACUAAAUGUUUUUUCAUGCCUCAUUUUCAAUAUAUAUGUUUUGUUUUGCAAGUCUUUGGAUUAAAGCACUUCCCAGAGAUAUCGCAAAGCAUUGUUUUGUUUGAUGAAAUCCGUUUUUAUAAUCGAAGACAAUUCAUGUUCUUCAGUGUUGUAGAACGAAAUCCAACUCGGAGCAAAGCUAUUCAUGAUUUUCCAAACCCUUACUAGGUUUUAACACAGCAUAAUUGGUAUUUCUGAAAAGAAGAGAGUCCCUAGCAUUUAAUCAGACUUAGUAUAUCCUUCUACGUUGCCUAGAUAAUUUGCACGAUGUCAGCAAAGACAUGCAGUCUCGCACCGAUUACGCACAAGCUUAUGUUUUUGGUAGCAUGUAUCUUCUUCAAAUUACGACUAAUGGAUGUGAAACAAGGAGAACAAUUUGGACUAGGUUAUUGGAAGAAAUCGUGGACUGUGAGUAAAGCAACUUGUGCCACCAGUCGUCUUGUGCAAUUUCUUAAAGAGGAAGUAAAGUAGUUCUUUCCACUCCUACUUGUAAUCCGUCAACUUGUAAAACAUAUGUGCCAACCACACGUCUCGUAUUCUCAUGGUCAGUUGGUAGUCUGAGAAGAGCUCAACCUUUUGCCAUGCAGAACGAGGGAUACAACAAUGGUCUUGAAAACAGCAGGAAGUCUGUUGGUGGUUUUUCUCUGGUCUGUGACAGCAAGUAUGGCAACAAGGUGUGACCAAAAAAGCCAGGUUGUGAUGUCACCAGAUGCUGACAAGGACGUGCAGUAUGUGACGCUGACCUGUCUCAGCAACUGUACUCUGACCAACGCUACCUACAUUUGGUACAGAAACGGUCAACGUCUAGUUGAGCCUACUUCCAGGCAACACACAGUAAAAAGUUAUUAUACAUCCAGUUACUCCUGUUCUGUAAAAGAUCUUGAGGAUCUUCACUCUCCUAGAGUGUGUGUUCGGGGUAGAAACUGUUUUGACGUAACUUAUGCCCAUCAAAGUAUCUGUGCCUUGAAGGGCUCAACAGUGGAUUUGCCAUGCAAAUAUAGACAUCUAAAUAAUGAUAUAGUCUCCGACUCAAACUGGUAUAUCCAAGGAAAACGUGAUGAGGCGCCAACAAACCUGAGUUCAUUGCCAGAGUAUUCAAGUCGUGUGAAGUACCUUGGAGAUAAUAUGAGUGACUGUACCCUGAGAAUCACAGACCUGAGAGAGACUGACUCAGCUGAGUACAAGUUCAGAUUUAAAACACAGUUUGCAGAGUGGAGGUACAGCUUCCCUGGAACAAAUCUGACUGUCACAGACCUGCAGGUGAAGGUGACUCCUGGCACAAGGUGGAAUCAAACUAGAACUCUGACCUGUUCCACCAGCUGUAAUCUGACUGACAACUCCAACCUCACCUACGUCUGGUACAAGAACGGACAACGUCUUGAUGAACCCGUUUCCCGUCAACACUCUGUCAAGGAAUAUUACACAGACAGUUACUCCUGUUCUUUAUUGAAUCUCCGCUCUGCUGUGGUGUGUGUUGUGGGUCAGAGCUGCAUGAAUGUCAGUUACACCCAUCAAAGUGUCUGUGCCUUGAAGGGCUCCACAGUGAACAUCUCCUGCACGUUCAGACAUCUGAAGAAUCAUAAUGCCACAGAAGAAACCUGGUUCAACAAAUGGGACUCUGGAGUAAUUAAAGACUUGAUCCAGGACCCAGAGUAUGCUGGUCGGGUGGAUUACCAUCGAACUACAGACAAGGACUCCACCCUGACUGUUACAGACCUGAGAGAGAGUGACUCUGCUGAGUACAAGUUCAGGUUUACGUCAAACAAAGUAACAUGGGGCUACAGCUUCCCUGGGACAACUCUGACUGUUACUGACAUCCAGGUGAAGGUGACUCCUGCUACAGAGGAAGGAAAGGUCAAUCUGACCUGUAUCACAUCCUGUCCUCUGACUGACAACUCCAACACCACCUACAUCUGGUACAAGAACGGACAACAUCUCACCCACCAAAAGACCAUGACUAGUUACCUGAUCCUAGACCCUGACAGCAUGGAGGAUAGAGGCAGAUACUCCUGUGGUGUCAAAGGCCUUACGAAUGUCCACUCUCCUGAAUUCUCUUUAGGGGAACAAUCAGUUAGAAUUGGUGCCAUUGUAGGAAUCACAGUAGUUGUUGUGAUUCUAUUUCUCUGCCUCUUAGGCAUCAUUUGGUUCAGUAAGAAGGCCUCCAGAUCCACAUCUGAUGGACACGACACAGCAGUGAAUGGACAGACAGACUCCAAUCCUGUGUAUAGCAACGUAUCAAACAUGGCCUUGACCUCUACUGCAAUACAGACAGCAGAAACAGACAACCAGGAUCUCCUCCACUAUUCCAGUGUCCACUUCUCUUCCUCCAAGAAACAGGAAGUACCUCUGUACUCCACCGUCCAAACGCUUCAUCCCCAGAAACAAGACCAAGUAGUCCACUAUGCUGCUGUGUCAUACAGGGACCAGAGUGCUGUGAAUAGGACUGCACUUGAGUCAAAGGAAGGAAUCAGCUGAGUAUUAUGUUAUUAAAUUAUGUAAAAAAAUUAAAAGGGAUAUUUCUAAGUUUACACAUUGUUAAUUAACUUGAUUAAUUUAAGCCCCUGUCUCCUUUAAUAUAAGCAGCACAGUAUGUGCCUUUUUCAAUAAUUACUGUGGUCCAAAAGGAUGUUGAAAUCAUCUGGUAUGAUUGUUGUUAGGAGGAAGUAUAAUGUGGUCAGGUCGCCUGCCCAAAUUACCAGUCCUUUUAAACCAACCACUGACCCGACUGUCUUCAGCUUUUCUUGGUCUGUGAGGUUUCCAUUAUGAUUGGUACACUCUGCUAUUACAUUAGAUUAUACCUGUUAUUAUUCAACUAUUUUUGGUGAUUUAUUCUGGAGCAAAACGAUUGCUAUUAAAUCUUACUGUAAAAAAAAUAAACGUGUUCCAAUUUUUUUAUUUUGUAGCAUGUUACAAAAUACAAUAUAUUUUAGAAUAUUUUACACAUAUGUUAGCUUUCUAAUUUCUAAGUAAAAGAACCAUCCCUGUUAUGGAUUUUGUGUGGAUUGUAAUUGUAUUUUUUUUAAUAUCUUGUUUUUUACAUUAUUACUUUUGUUCCAUUCAACACCAGGUAGACAUUUUAAUAUAGAAAAUAUAGAAAAUAAAUAGUGUUUGAAUACCGAAA